GUCGCCACUAAAUCAUCUCUCUCUCGCUCUCUCUCCAUUCCUGUCUUGGUUUGAAGAUGUCAGAAGUAGCAGCAGAGACCGUUGACGGUGAAGUAGCCUCUGCCAUGGCGACGGAGGCUCCUACAGCACCAGCAACAACAACAGAGGCUGUUGCUGAAGAAACCAAGAUUGAAAAACCAGAAGAGGAGAAGAAAGAAAAGGUCUCAAGAGAGAAAAAGCCUCCUAAAGAUAGAAAGCCCAGAGAAAAUCUAUCUCAUCCUCCUUACUUUCAGAUGAUCAAAGAAGCCAUCUUAUUUCUGCAAGACAAAAGCGGAUCAAGCACCUAUGCCAUUGCCAAGCACAUAGAAGAGAAGCAUAAGUCUGUAUUGCCAGCAAAUUUCAAGAAGAUGUUGGCUCUCCAGCUGAAGAACUUCACUGCAAAAGGGAAGCUUGUCAAGAUCAAAGCUUCCUUCAAGCUCUCUGAAUUGGGUAAGAAAGAGGAGAAGCCUGUCAAGAGCAUUGCAGCUGCAAGAAAGAAGCUGAAACCAGUACCUAAACCAACUACGGCUUCGACCAAGACGAGAGCUGGGAAGAAAGCUGCUGUGAAAGCGGCAAAGAAGAAGAAGAGAGGUGGUAGGAAGGGAGGGAGAUCUGCUACUGCAAAGACAAAGCAGCCAAAAUCUAUCAAGUCUCCUGCUGCAAAGAAAGCAAAGAAGGUUUCUGCUAUCUGAGUUGUGGGUGUUUGAGUUUGUGGGCAUUUUCCUUUGGUGAGAAUCUACUGCUGGCUAGUUUGUAUAUAUUCCUUUUGUUUUUGGUUUGUGUUUCUUUGUAAAUUUGAAAGGUAUGAUAUGAAAUAUAAAGUGGUUCUGUAGUUUCCAAA